AUGGAAACUAUAAAAACAUUUAUAAGCAAAACUGGUGGAAUCAAAAAAGCAUACAGAGAGUUGAGAAAUUCGAAGGAUUGGAUUGUUAAAAUGAAAAAUGACAGUGGAAAAUGGAAUCAUCGUAGAACAGGAAUAUUGGAUAUAGCAACAUCUUAUUACAAAAGACUGUACGAAAGUAACACAACAGAAGACGAAACUCAUAACGACGACGACGACGACGCUACCUCAUAA